AUGACAAUCCCACAAUCCCUCCCCCUCGAACCAAACGCCCUUUAUAUCCUCCUCCUCGGCCUAGGCGGCAGCUGUCUCUUCGAAUGGAAACUAUACCUCACCUCAACGCCCACAACCGCGAAAACCUUCCACAUAACUAACGAGGCAGGCCCGGUAGUCUGGCAAUACAAAUGCGAAGCUGUGUACGACAUAUCAAGUAACACGCGAGUGGUGCUAGCGCUGCAAAUUGGUGUCGUUGGGCCCGUGCUACACGCCGCACUGGGGACACGUCUGGCACUCGUUCCGUUAGCGCUGUACUCGACUCGAUUCCGAGAGAGCCUCUGCGGCCGUGUGUGGGUCCAUGAGGCGCUGUUUGCGUUGGAUGAUGAGGGAUAUCUUGGUCUUGCGAGGAGUGUUGUGGAUAUUGAGCAGGAGGCUAGACAGCUUGGGAUGCUGAAUAAAAGUCGGAGGACUAGGUCGGUGGUUAGGAGUGAGGCGUUUGUUGGUUAG